AUGUUAAAAAUAAGAAAUUUUUAUCAAAUUACGAAACCUACGAGGUUAUCUAAAAUUGAUUAUUCUUCAUAUGCUGAACACAAAGCAUUGGAAAGAAUCAGAAAUAUUGGAAUCUCUGCUCACAUAGAUUCUGGCAAAACAACUCUAACGGAACGAGUAUUAUUCUAUACUGGAAGGAUUGAUCAAAUGCAUGAGGUUAAAGGAAAAGACAAUGUGGGUGCUGUUAUGGACUCUAUGGAAUUAGAACGGCAAAGAGGAAUCACUAUACAGUCAGCUGCAACUUAUACAAUAUGGAAGGAUCACAAUAUUAAUAUAAUUGAUACCCCAGGGCAUGUAGAUUUUACUGUAGAGGUGGAAAGAGCUUUGAGAGUCCUUGAUGGAGCUGUGCUUGUUUUAUGUGCUGUGGGUGGUGUGCAGAGUCAGACACUAACUGUGAACAGGCAAAUGAAGAGAUAUAAUGUGCCGUGUUUGGCUUUUAUAAAUAAGUUGGACAGAUUAUAUUCUAAUCCUGAAAGGGUGCUACAGCAAAUGCGUUCUAAAAUGAAGCAUAAUGCAGCCUUUUUGCACCUUCCAAUAGGCCUUGAGAAGGAGUGCCAAGGAAUUAUAGAUCUGGUAGAGGAGAAAGCUGUUUACUUUGAGGGAAAUUAUGGAGAUGUUGUCAGAUUAGAUGACAUUCCCAAAGACAGGCGUGUGGAAGCCAAUGAAAGGAGACAUGAACUUAUCGAACAUUUAUCUAAUGUUGAUGAGAAACUAGGUGAAAUGUUUUUGGAAGAGAAGACACCUACUUUACCUGAGAUAAAACAGGCGAUUCGACGCUCCACAUUAAAGAGAGCAUUUACGCCAGUACUCUUAGGAACAGCAUUAAAAAAUAAGGGAAUCCAACCCCUACUAGAUGCUGUUUUAGAUUACCUCCCACACCCUGGGGAAGUCGAAAACACAGCUAUUAUAGGAGAAAAGAAAGGAAAUGAAGGGGAAACAGUAAUUUUGGACCCUUCUAGAGAUGGAUCUAAACCCUUUGUCGGUUUGGCCUUCAAAUUGGAAUUGAGCAAAUUUGGACAACUGACAUAUUUAAGGUGUUAUCAGGGAAUGCUGAAGCGAGGAGAACAUAUUUUCAAUGCUAGGACUGGAAAGAAGGUGAAAAUAUCUCGCCUCGUCCGCAUGCACUCAAACAACAUGGAAGAAGUGAAUGAGGUCUUAGCUGGUGAUAUUUUCGCAUUAUUCGGUGUGGACUGCGCAUCUGGAGACACCUUCGUGAACAAUAGCAAGCUGCAACUGUCAAUGGAGUCCAUUCAUAUACCUGACCCGGUCGUGUCAAUGUCGAUCAAGCCGAAGAAUAACAAGGAUAGAGAUAACUUUUCAAAAGCAGUCGCUAGGUUUACAAAAGAAGACCCAACAUUCCAAUUCCGUUAUGACGGCGACAAUAAAGAGACGCUCGUGUCUGGAAUGGGAGAGUUGCAUUUAGAGAUUUACGCCCAACGGAUGGAGAGAGAGUACAACUGCCCAGUGGAUUUGGGGAAACCCAAGGUCGCUUUCAGAGAAACAUUAAUGUCGUCGUGCACUUUCGAUUACCUACACAAAAAGCAAUCUGGUGGAGCUGGUCAAUACGCCAGGGUUGUUGGAAUCCUGGAACCUCUGCCACCUCACCAGAACACUGUAUUGGAGUUUGUUGAUGAGACGAUAGGCACAAAUGUACCGAAACAAUUUGUGCCCGGUAUCGAAAAGGGAUUCAUCGAUACUUGCCAGAAGGGAUACCUCUCCGGGCACAAGAUAUCUGGAGUUAAAUUCAGGCUGCAAGACGGUGCUCAUCACAUUGUGGAUUCCAGCGAACUGGCUUUUUUCUUGGCUGCCAAGGGUGCGGUGAAGGAAGUUUUUGAAGACGGCGCUUGGCAGAUUCUCGAACCCAUAAUGUUCGUCGAGGUGACAACUCCGGACGAAUUCCACGGAACAAUUAUUGGGCAAUUGAAUAAACGGGGCGGUAUUAUUACUGGCACUGAAGGGAUGGAUGGCUGGACGACCAUCUACGCUGAAGUGCCACUGAAUAACAUGUUCGGAUACGCCGGGGAACUAAGGUCAAUGACGCAAGGUAAGGGCGAGUUCAGCAUGGAAUACAGUCGUUACUCACCCUGCUUGCCAGAUGUACAAGAACAGUUAAUCAGGAAAUAUCAAGAGGAAAUGGGUAUUCUACCAGACCAGAAGAAGAAGAAGAACUAA